ACUCGCUCGGGUUUCCGGAUUUGUCCAAUCCAUUAUUGAGCGGAAAUCCAUGUUUUUGUGGUAUUUGUUUGAUCGGUUCAAUGAUGGCGGAGAGGAGUGGGAGGACAUGUAUCGGAUUGUAAGCGAGAGGCACUACGAUAGGGUCGUAAGCUUGCUGGAGAAUGCAAAGGUGAAAAUGGUGUAUGGCGGGAAGAGAAUCAGAGCAACGAGGUUCCUUGAGCCAACGGUAGUUGCAGAUUUGGCUAUCAAAGAUCCUCUCCUCUCAACCGAACUCUUCGCUCCCGUUCUCCUGAUCAUCACUGCUUCGGUACCCGAUGCCGUCGCCCACAUCUAUACCAAACCGCCCCCUCUUGCCUUCUACGCCUCCACUAAUUUCUCGUCCGUAUCGAAACACAUUCUCAACAUCACGCUUUCCGGCGGCGCCAGCAUCAACGAUGCCAUGAUACACGUCUCCCUCGCCAACGCUCUAAUUGGCGGCGUCGGCGAAAGCGGCCACGGCGCCUACCACGACGUCUACCGCGUGAACGCUUUCAGCCACCUGCGCAUCGUGGUGGCGUUACCGACGUGGAUGGAUCGCCUCAUGAGUGGGCGGUAUCCGCCGUAUAACAUGAGUCAAUUGAAGAUGAUGAUGAAAGGACUAGGUGUGCCAGAUACGCCGUCCUUCAAGCGAAGCGAGGGUGUGGUUGAUCAGGCGGAGAAGCGGUUUCGAGCCCGGAGCACGCUAGCAACGUUCCUAGUGCUCAUCUUGGCUAGGUGUCCUGUUCCAGGUCCAUCUUCAUGGUGAGACUGGAAAAUCAAGCGUGAUUUUGGGAGAUAUAUUACGACGGAUACCGACCACUGUCGUGAAUUGAGCUGGGGGCACGGGGACCCCUGACGUUCAAUAGUGUACAUAGUAGGAUAAUAUGUAAC